AUGCUGCGGGUCAGGAUGAUUUCAGGGGAAGAAGUGGCGAGCAUUCCUUUGGAGGAGUUCCGUGAGGAGCCGUGUGAUGUGAAGAGCUUGAAGCAGCGGCUGUGUCAGCUGAAGGAAAUGCCUCCGCGCUUCAGGCAGAGGCUUCUUCUCCAGGGGCAGACUUUAGAGGAUACUGCUAACCUCGCCUCCCCGAUGGACUUGGAGCUCGUGCUGAUGCCUUUCGCUGAUGUUUCUGAAGCGCAGGUGAACGACCUCGCGGCUGCUGCUGAGCAAGGGUUUGUGACUGAG